AUGACAGCUCCGAUGAAGGUAUUUGUGUUAAAACACGUUUUCGAAAAUGUUCCGAAUUUGAAAGAAGGCGCUUAUCAAUUCAGUCCGACGGAAGAACAUUUCAAUGUCCCAUGGAAAAUGUGCGUCGGUCGAAAAAAUGGAUAUCUCUCUCAUUUUUUGGAUUGUGAUCAACCUAAAACCACCGAAUGGUCGAUUACUAUUGAUUGGGAAGUCAGACUAAUCUCGAUAGGAGGAAAAAUAGAUAGAAGAAACAGCGAAUUGACGUAUGAGAGUAGUAGAAACUACACUAGUUUGGGACGGAAAGAGUUUAUCGAAUGGAAAGAUAUGGAGACGAAAUUUAUGACCGAUGGAAAUAUCACUAUUGAAAGUCAUAUUAGAAUCAAAAAAAUGACUGGAAUCGCGAAGAAGAAGUUGAGAAAUUUCGACUCGAAAAUGAAUAUAUUCUCAGAUGUCGUAUUGACUGUAGAAGAUGAGAAUUUCUAUGUCUCCAAAUUGUUCCUCGCUUCACAAUCCACUUACUUUGAAUCGCUUCUCUCGAAAAAGCAAAGGGGGUCUAAAAAGCCAGAAAUCAAACUCGAUGGUUGCAAGUCGGAAGAUUUUCAGAACUUUCUGGAAUUGAUAUACGGAGAAUCGCCGAUUGACGAUGAAACAAUCGAUGGAAUUCUUCAAUUGGCUGACAUGUAUAAUGCUGGAAUUGCACUCAAAAAGUGCGAAGAAUUUCUUAUUAGGUACUCGGUGAAGACAUUGAAAGAGAAGUUACAAAUCGCAAAACAGUACGAUAUGGAUAACUUGAAGGAUGGAGUUCUCUCGAGAAUCAAGAAUGUCGCUGGAAUUCGCUCUGUUCUCUCAUACGACGUCAGCGAAAUGGAUCCAUCGGUCGUCGCGGCUCUUCUCCAGAAAGCGUUGUCAUAUUUACCAUGA